GCUAUAAAUAAAUUGGAGUCACUCCUUUGGAUUUUCCCCUUUAAUCUCCUUGAUCCAUGUUGGAAGGUGUUAUUUCUGAGAGAAAGGAAAGAUCUUUGGUGAGAAAGAGAGAAUAUGGGAUCGCUAGCGCCGGAGCUAGGGCUUGAUCUGAAAUUAUUUACUAAAAGAACGAUUUUUAGCUGUUUGAAGGAUGAGAUUCCAGACGGCAGCCGUGCCUCCAAGCUCGAGGAUUUCGCUCGGAGGCUUGAAGAGGAGAGGCGCAAGAUAGAAGCUUUUCAGAGAGAACUCCCUCUAUGUAUGCUUCUGCUCGCCGAUGUGAUCGGUGGGCUGAAACUGGAGAUGGAUCAAUGCCAGAGCGGCGGCAGUGAUGACUGUGUUCUUGAGGAAUUUAUUCCCCUCCAAACCAGAUCGGAUGGAUACAAGGAGGAGAAGAAAGCGAUAAAUUUGGAGGAGAAGAGUAAGGAGAAGAUGGAGUGGAUGAGCUCAGCUCAGCUCUGGAGCGAUAACUUGAGCUAUGAAAGCAUCGAUUGCAAGGAAUAUUCCCAAGAGCAGAAGAAGGAUGAAGGAUCCCAUAGUCGGAGGGACUGCGAUGCCCUGUCUCUUGAAUCCAAAAGUGACGGCGCAUUUCUACCGUUCACAGCCAUGCCAGCGCCUAGGAAGGAAGAGGAGAAUCUGAGCAUCCCGUUGCCGGAUCUUUCCUUCGUGCCCCUUCCAAUCAAGGUUCCUUGCUCAGCUCCGAUGGCCGUUACCAGGGAAGAAGACAAUCACAGCAGUGGCUUGAACUCGAAGGCAGUGACAAUAGCAUCCUCUUCCACUGGAAACAACCAGCUAGGCUUGAUGCCACAGCAGCAGUAUCAGCAGCAUCCGCAGAGGAAAGCACGGCGGUGCUGGUCACCGGAGCUUCACCGGCGUUUCAUCAUUGCUCUUCAGCAACUCGGCGGUGCGCAAGUAGCAACUCCAAAACAGAUCAGAGAACUGAUGAAGGUUGAUGGGCUGACUAAUGAUGAAGUGAAAAGUCAUUUGCAGAAAUAUCGAUUACAUACUCGAAGAGUGCCAACUUCUGCAGCAAAUCAAGUAAAUAGGCCUGUAGUCAUGGUGGGAGGCCUGUGGGUUUCUCAGGAUCAUUGCUCAACCUCCCAGCAGAAUGCCUCACAGUCUAGAUCACCACAAGGCCCCCUUCAGUUAACUUGUACUGCACAGGCUCUAUCUGUGACUGGUGGAGACAGCUGCGACGAUGAUGGAAAAUCAGAAAGCUAUAGCUGGAAAUGAUCUGAAUUCAUCUAUGCCGAUGCUCCAGAUGCAUGGCUACAUGUGAAAGCAAAGAUCUUGCGAAGUUGACGCUCACAUUGAAGAUAAAGCUGUAUAGAAUGAUUCAGAAUUUUGCUGACAUGAUAGCCGGGUGAAAACGAUGACUCCCUUAUCAUAACAUAAUAAUAUUGAUGUUUGAAUUCAUAAAAAGCUGGAAUAUUUACACCAAGGAGAGGAGAUUUGGAGCUGUUCGCCUCAAGUUUUGGCUAGAAACUCAGAUUUCCACCCACUGUCUUCAAUUUUCUUAUAGUAUUAUGCUUAUUUAUGUGAUAUCUACGGGACAAACAUUUUGUUUUCCCUGAGGCAGAGAUAUAUAUUACUGGUUUUGAGCAUGCUUCUCUUGUUUUGGAUUCUUAUCCAAGUCUUAUCUGUUUAAACUUCCUUGCUGAUCCUUUAUCUUAUUGUAUAUGAUCUGAUAAAAGAUUCACACCACUGUUAUUUUGAGUCUUCAUUUAAUAAAUUAUUCACAUUCUGCUA